AGAGCGCCUGUCUUGUGACCUCCCUUCCCUGGGAACGGCUGCCUGCUGAAGGCUGUCCGGGCAGCAAGACGGGGCUUGCGUCUUCGGCGCCGAGUGAGUGAAGCGGUGCUUUGGUUUUUUUUUUCCGCCCAGAGCUGUCAAGCCCUCUCGCUCGCUCGUCUUGAGGCAGGCGCUGUACCGCUCCGUCCGCAUUCUGCCUAGUUUAGAGGAUUGCUAGCUGUAGCGGCGCACCGAUGUCGCUGUGCCUUCGGAGGGGCUUGGCUGGGAGAGCUGGCCGGGCUGCGGAGGAGACCAGAGCCACCGAUUGCAACCCUAGGCAGACUCCCCAAGGGGCAAGGGAGGGACCCUUACAUCUGAAGAUCUGGGCGCCGAAUCGGGCAGCCUGGUGGCGGGAAAAAAAUGCCUUCCGACGAUGCCUGAAGGUGUUGCUUCUCCCGUCUCCGACGGGCCUUGGCCCUCAAAAAAGAAGCUGAGAUUGGGAAGCGGUGACGAUCCAGCAAGGAUUUGAAUGAAUGAAUGAAUGAAUGAGCUGGAAGGGACCUUGGAGGCCUUCUAGUCCAGCCCAGGAUGAAGGGGAGAGUCGGAAGCGGGAUGGAUCGGCUGUUAUUCUGGGGAGAAAAAAUGUGGGAUUGAAUGGAGAGAAAAUUCCCCCACUGGCUGGUCCCGGAGAUUCUUCUUGAUCCUGGGCUGUUCCGGUGCCGGCUUUGAAACGUGUGACUAGGCUGAGGACCACUGAGUGAGGAGCAGGCGAUUUGUCCCUAUCCAAUCAGGGUCUGUUUCCAUGAUAAAGUGCAUCCAGGAAGUUGAAUCCUCCCGAUCAGUAAUUAAAUUUUGGUUAGAUAACAAUUGUUAUGUUGUCAAUUUCCACAUAACUGAGGAGCUCUCACUCCUAAUGCACGUGGAGAAAGCUUGCUUAGGGUCUGUUUUAUUUUGGUAGCCUUGCCCAGCUUCAUAGAAGCUUUGCUGCUGUGACAAACAGAUGUCCUGUAUUGGACAUCCUGAGAGCAGUCAUUAUGGACCACCUUAAGUUUCAUCUGUCCCAUCUCCAGCUGAGUACAAUGAAGAAAAAAUGUCCAUCAUCACAUAGAGCUUGCCCUCUAGUGCUCUGUAGAGACACUGCAAGCUAUAAAUGAAAGAUUGUUAUAGCAAUAGCGCUUAGAUUUAUAUACCGCUUCACAGCCCUCUCUAAGUAGUUUACAGAGUCAGCAUAUUUCCCUCACAAUCUGGGUCCUCAUUUUACUGACCUCAGAAGGAUGGAAGGCUGAGUCAAUCUUGAACCUGGUGAGAUUUGAACUGCCAAACUUCUAGCAGCUGGCAGUCAGCAGAAGUAGCCUGCAGUACUGCAUUCUAACCACUGCACCACCACAGCUCAUUAUGAUCUUGGGAUGUUUGUCUGAAAAAGAGUGGCAUUAUAGGAUUGGCUACAACUGUCCUGAUUUCUAAGAAUAUGUAUAAGAAAUGGCCAGCAUGGAAUUCAGUAGGUCUUGUGCUCUCCUAGGAUAGCACCACAGAACCCCCAGGAAUCUGUAGAUUUGAGCUGACCAGUGUCUUCCUGGAUUAAAUUCUAUUUGGUCAAUUGCUUUCUCUGUUUGUCUGCCCUUUUGUGGACCACAGCUACUACUUCUGCAUUGCCACAUUACAUUUCUCACAACACCACUGACUAGUGCUCUUCUGAGGCAUUGUAAGAACUGGGAAAUUAAAAUGAUGACUGGAAUUCCUGGCCUCAGGCCUUGGUAUGCUCAGUUUAGGAACUGGCAUACGUUGGUUUCUUGGGAUUCCAGCAGUUGCCUAAAAAUGCCAGGUGCUGAUACCAGGCCUGGAGUCUAUGCUAUUCGUUUUCAACUUGCCUUGAGCAUCCUUUGGGAAACCCAUCAUUUAGUGAGAGAAUUAAAAGACAUGAAUCUUGCUCCACUUUCAAUUCAUCCUCUUAGCAGACCCUUCUUGACCUGGUGUCCUUUGAAUGGCUUCAAGUACAGCCGCAUAAUUCCCAGCCAGCAUCAUUAGUAGUUGGGAUGGAUAGUCCUAGGGAGUGGAGAAACUGACUUAGGGCCCCCGUGGAGGACUGUGACAGGCCUAAUGCAGGAAGCUGGAUAUUCUGUAUCAUCUAAUAUCCAUGAUGAUGAAGAUGAUGCAGCUUCACAUCCUAUUGGUCUGAUAAGCUCCUUAGGUUAUCCAAAGUUAGUGGCACCCACUGAAGGUAGUGGUCACUUGCAUUUUUUGUAAUGAGCAUAAAAAUAUAAAGGGGAAAAAAAACUCAUGUUUUGAGAAGUCCUGAAGUGGUAAGUUUGGCUAUUAAAAGUGAUAUCAUGGUGGAAGGAGCUCUUUAGAUAAAUAAGGCAGAGAGAUGUAAUGGACGAUGAAAACCCCAUAACGUUUAGUGCAAUCUCUGCUUUGUAUUUAUAUGCGAUGCAAAAUUCUUGUCAUUCUUUACUGUCACCACAAAUGGGGUCCCUGUAAGGGGCUGAGCAGCUGCCAGAACCAUAUUGAGAAAUAAGCAGCAGCAUUAUUUUUCUUUUGGGAACAGGCAUGUGUGAUAACUCUGGUCUCUAAGCGCGGCCCUAUAAUCUCUCAGCAUGCGCCAGUCCAAACAUUAUUUCAUAGGCAAGUCUUCUUACCUUGGUGGAUCCAGGCAUGUUGGGAUACAUCUACCAUAUUUCCUAGCCAAUGUGGUAUCAUUCAGGAAGGCUCUGAGUUUGAUGAAGUUUUUCCCCCCUCCCCCGUGUGUUAUUUAGUCUUAUAAAUUGCUUCUUUAACAUUUUCUUGUUCUGAGAAAUGAGUACUUCUCCAACCUUAUGCUUUCCAAUCAUUUAUUUAUUUAUUAGAGGUUUAUCCCACUUUUAUUUUGGUCAAAAGCCUUGGUAGUACAGUGGUUUAAAGCACCCUGUUAUUAACACAGCUGCCUGCAAUUACUGCAGGUUCGAAUCUUACCAGGCUCAAGGUUGACUCAGCCUUCCAUCCUUUCUAAGGUAGGUUAAAUGAAGACCCAGUUUGUGGGGGCAAUAAGCUGACUUUGUAUAAAUAUACAAAAGUAUGAAGGCUAUUGCUUAACGCAUUGUAAGCCGCCCUGAAUCUCCGGAGAAGGGCGGCAUAUAAAUCAAAUUAAAAAAAAAAAAAUACCUCAGUGUGGCAUAAAUACCUAACACUCAUACCUCCUGUUUUCCCCAGAACAACCACCUUUUGAGAUGGGUUAAACUGGGAGAGUGUGACUGUCCCAAACUCAUCCAGCUUGUUUACAUGCUUAAGGGAGGACUAGAACGCAGAACCUCUUGGUCUUAGCCAAAUGGGCUGUCAUGUUGGGGAAACAAAAAGGCAAUGCUGGCUGAGAUUUCUGACAGUUGUAGUCUCAACAGACCUGGAGGCUAAAUGCGGAAGUCUAUUCUAAUCAAGGGGUGCAUGGUAGGCUGUCCCAAGGGGUCUUUUUUACCCUUUUUAAAAGGGUACCUUUAAGAAUUCACCACUCAAGAGCCAUGGUACACAAGGGCUGCUUCUCCUUGCCAGAUGCCAGAAAAGCCUACAAUAGCAGGCCCCUCUCUCCAUCACUAGAGCCAUGAGGAUAGACAGUCCUAUCAACCACUGGACUGGCCCUCUGGCCAUCUCUGAGGUUGAGGUAGUUGGUGCUUUGGGGCUGUUUUUUAGAGCUUAAUUUGGUUUCAGUUGACAACAUUCUAGUGCUGUUCUGUUUGUUUGUAACAAGCUGGCUUGAGGUUUUGGAAAAAUGCCAUAUACAUACCAUGAAUUAAUAAAUCAGGGUAGACGUUGGAACAUCUAAGUUUGAGUUUGAGUAUGUUUCUGGAAGCUGUUGCACAUAGGCAAGACAUGUUUUUAGGUAACUACUUAAAAACUCCGUUUCGAGACCAGUUUUACAUCUGUGAUUUAUUUAGUGAUAAUCUAAUUAUGAAAUUAUCAGAUCAAGGGCAGCCAAUCAUUUUGCAGCUCGUUGUGCCCCAUGUGGCUGUUUUAAGCCCAAGGCACAACACGUAAUCUUUUUUUUUGGUCUUUGUGUGGGAAGUGCUUUGUGCCAAGUGUGCACACGUGGCUUCAAGGCUUCUCAGUCAUAGCUGCUCAGGAAGAUAUCUUGUUUGUUUCCAUCUUUUAUUCUCUCUUGCCCAAGCUUAUCAAGGCAGUAUGGCAUGGAACAGAGCAUGGCAGCCUUUUCAGGGCAUCUGGGACUCUCAAGCUCUGGACUUUUGCUCCCGUUAUCGACUGAGAAACCAUUUUUCCCAACUUUGAAAUGGUCUUGGGAACCAAUAGAAUAGAAUAACAGAGUUGGAAGGGACCUUGGAGGUCUUCUAGUCCAACCCCCUGUUCUGGCAGGAAACCCUAUACCAUUUCAGACAAAUGGUUGUCCAAUCUCUUCUUAAAAACUUCCGGUGUUGGAGCAUUCACAACUUCUGGAGGCAAGUCAUUCCACUGAUUAAUUGUCCUCACUGUCAGGAAAUUCUUCCUUAGUUCUAAGUUGCUUCUCUCCUUGAUUAGUUUCCAUCCAUUGCUUCUUGUCCUGCCCUCAGGUGCUUUGGAGAAUAGCUUGACUCCCUCUUCUUUGUGGCAGCCUCUGAGAUAUUGGAACACUGCUAUCAUGUCACCCCUAAUCCUUCUUUUCAUCAGACCAGACAUACCCAGUUCCAGCAACCCUUCUACAUAUGUUUUAGCCUCCAGUCCCCUAAUCAUCUUUGUUGCUCUUCUCUGCACUCUUUCUAGAGUCUCAACAUCUUUUUUACAUUGCGGUGGUGACCAAAACUGGAUGCAAUAUUCCAAGUGUAGUCUUACCAAUGCAUUAUAAAAGUGGUAUUAACAUUUCACGUGAUCUUGAUUCUAUCCCUCUGCUAAUGCAACCAUUAAAGUGUUGAUUUGUUUCAGUCUAGAUUUUUGAACCCAGGACAGCACUUGGUUUUUGGAUGGCCUGCACAUCAGGAGAAAAAUAACACCUUAAAUGAAUUACUGCAUAUUCAAUUGAAUUGAAUAGAGACUGUAUGAUUACGUAUUUAGUCAGCUUUUCGGCAGUCCAUUUGAGAUGGUCUCAGGGGCCUGCGUUAUUACAAGGCUUGGGACAGGAUAUGGAGUCAUAUUCCACAGGAGAUGCUAGUCAGAUCAGGAGAAUUCCUUUUUCUUUCCAGCUGCUGCUCAGCUGGAAUUGUACGGAAGUUGCCUUGUUUCUUAAUCUCUUCCAUGCAAGAUUUGAAAAGAGGAUGUUUUUCUCUUAAAAUCCCACCAAUUGCUGACUCAGUUCUGUAAUGUAAAAGUCUUUUAUUGAUGCUGUUACUAGGAAGGGAGCAUGAAUGUUUCCUAGGCUUGAAGUGAAACUGAUCUACGGAGUAUGUAACAAAACAAUAUAUAAACUACAUUUUUUUAAAAAAAAAAUUACAUUCUUAGCCCUGGAACUGUGACUGAACUAUCACACCAAGACACAUUUGUUCUUGGUUUUGAGCUAGGCACUGAGGAUUAUUGUAUGCUGUAUCACCAGAGCAGCUAAAAUGAAUCAUUUUUUGUGACCGUGUCCAAAUUAUGCCUGGAGGAGCAGUGGCCUGUGGUAUAUCUUUGAUCUGAACUGCAAAGACUUUCAGAAAGCAACAGGAAGGGGCUCUGCAGAAGAGAGAGGAAAACAAAAUAAGAUACUAGGACUCUGCAGUCUUUGUAUUUGAGCCCACAACUCUCCCUUUGUCACUCUAGGAUUGAGAAAUAGGCAAAGCAAAUUUAUGGGCUUGUGACAAAACAUUUUCCCUGCCAGACUAGAGAAGACCCUCAGACAUGUCCUGCUUACUAUGAAGAAACCAGCCAGCCUAGCUUUUAUAUCUCUCCCUCACCUUGUGUCCAUUAGAGUAGGGCCUCCUUUCCUUUAGAGCACCUAGAAGGGAUGUGCUCCUCCUGGCCACUUCAUCUGGUCAUAGAGAUUUCUUACAAGAAAGGCCAAUUGGCCUUAUUCUGCCCCUAUGCGAACAUCUUGUCCUUUCUCUGGUGCUUGCUCUAGGAUUUCUAAAUCCUUGCUCUAGGAUUUCUAAAGCUCGUUAACUCCCAGAUGAACUUCACCUUUGCUUACACGGCGGCUGGUCCAGUCUUCCCCUCUGCCACCAGUGACGGUGGCCUUAUCGCCUGCCUUUUCCUCCUUGAAUGGCUGCUUGUGUAAUUCCUGCAGGCUCUCACACACCCUUUGUGUCAUCUUCUGCCGGGUGGGGCAACUCACCCACUGCAACAAGCUGCUGCUUGUACGGCUGGGGAUGGGCUUGGAACGUGCAGAUGUUGCUGAAAAGCUACCGCCUCGGGGCUGGGGGACCUGCCAAGACGAGACAGGGCAAAGGCUCGCGCGUGCGGCUCUGGCUCCCAACUCCACUCCUCAGCUAAGGCAGAUUUGGUGCCCCUCGCCUAACAAGGUGCCUGGGCUCUAGAGCUGGAGGGAGAUUCUUGGCAUGUAGUCGGCCCUGGAAAUCCUUGAUGUGUGGGACUCCUUAGGCACUUAGAAUAUGUGGACCAGCUGUGCAUGAAGGAGUCGAGCGAGGUGCUGCGAGGCCAGAUGCAGUGCAUGAUGCGGACGCUCCACGAUCUCAAGAGGGCUCAAGACCGAGAGCUGCGACUGGAACCUCAGGAGAUACGGCUACCCUCAGCUCUGCCUUCCUCAAAGUCCUGUAUCAGCCCACGGAUAUCAGCUAUCUCAGAAGCAGAUUCUGCCUGUUGCUUGGAAGGAGUUGUGGAAGAAGAGGUUGCUUUCUCCCCACCCAGCAGCGAGCGAAGUCUGGAGUUUGAUUCGGGCUAUUCAGAAGUAUCUGGGAACAGCUGGCGGGAUGAGGAAGGCCCUCCACCCCUGAGAGCCAGUAAGCUUUCCUCAGGGGGCUUCCUACGCCGUCGAGUGCCGGCCAGGAGGCCCCGGCCAAAAUCGGCUUCAGAUGCUUGCCUAGAGCGGUGGCGGGAUGGCGAACCCUCUGAUGCGGGUGACUGGACAGUGUCCCUCUUGUCCCAGAGUCGUAACCGGCAGCCUCUUGUGCUAGGGGACAACUGUUUUGCUGACUUAGUGGAGAACUGGAUGGACUUGCCUGAAGAAAGCGGGGAACGGGGGUGGCUGCAGCGUUGGCUGGCCAAGCCCCAUGGCUUCUUGCUUAACCUCUCAGGCAACGUUCGCCGCAGGCUGGCUGGCAUCUCCCGCACGGAGCGCACCAAGCAGGAUCGGGAUGGCACCAAGCGUUUCUCUUGCCCUGCCGGUCUGGAUGGGCGCCCUUCAUUACCCUACUUCCACCAAUCCCACGCCAACAUCAGUGAGCUUUCUACAGACUGUAGCAGCUUUGCUGCCCUAAUGAACUGCCGAAGUAGGCAGCCCAUCAUUUGCAACGAUGUGAUUGGCUACAUCUAGCUUGCCUUUUUUUAAUGCUUGUUUAUAAAUAAAUGCCUUUUUUUCUACA